UUCAACUGAGGAGAAAUCAGAAGGACGAAAUUAAAUUGAUUUCCAGUCUUUUCGUCAAACGUUGAUUGUGCAAAACGUCUUUCAACAACUCGUGUUGAUUAAGAGGAGGGCUGUUGAACGGUAUCGCAGUUAUUUGUUUCGAUUGAGUGAGUGAGUGAGAGAGAGCGCGCGCGAGGGGGCGGGUAUCUCGCUCGCGCAGUCUCACAGACGCUCAUGAAAUCAACACACGGACGUUUUACCUUCACAUUUAUCUCUUGUUUUCUGGAUAAAACGCACCGUAAUCGAUGCGAGACCCUCUAACGGACAUUCUACGCUGAUAAUUUGCCUGCGUAUUUUCCUUUCCUCGCCGUUUUUUCUCCCCUCAGUCGAACGUUCGUCCGUUGGGCUCGUCAUGAAUUCCAGUCCGCUUCCAAACGGCAGACUGCUACCGGACAGCCAGAGCUGGAACUCGUCCGGUUCCGACGAGGAUCUGGACGCCGAACCGGGACCCGGACCGCACGGAGGGGUUGUGGAAUUCAGCGGGGUGCUUAGUAAGUGGACGAACUACAUUCACGGCUGGCAGGACCGUUGGGUCGUCCUGAAGAACAACACCUUGAGUUACUACAAAUCCCAGGAUGAGCGGGAAUUUGGCUGCCGUGGUUCCCUCUGCCUCAGCAAGGCUGUCAUCACACCUCAUGAGUUUGAUGAAUGUCGAUUGGACAUCAGUGUCAAUGAUAGUGUUUGGUAUCUCCGGGCUCAAGAUCCAGAACAUCGGAACCAGUGGAUUGAUUCCAUCGAGCUGCACAGGGCUGAGUCUGGUUAUGGUUCUGAGUCCAGUUUAAGGCGACAUGGCUCCAUGCUCUCUCUCACGUCUGCCACAAGCAGUUAUUCAGCCACAUCCACUUCCUCCUUUAAGAAGGGUCACAGUCUUCGGGAGAAGCUGUCAGAGAUGGAGACGUUUCGAGACAUUCUGUGCAGGCAGGUGGACACGCUGCAGAAAUACUUUGACGGCUGUGCUGAUGCUGUGAACAAAGAUGAGCUGCAGAGAGACAAGAUCGUGGAGGAUGAUGAAGAUGACUUCCCUACCACUCGCUCCGAUGGAGAAUUCUUGCAUAACAACAACGGCAGCAAAGAGAAGCUAUUCCAGUGUCUGAGUCAUAAAGGCAUUAAUGGGAUAGAUUUUAAAGGAGAAGCAAUCACGUUCAAGGCGACCACGGCGGGAAUAUUGGCCACGCUUUCUCAUUGCAUCGACCUGAUGGUGAAGAGAGAGGACAACUGGCAGAAGAGACUGGAUAAGGAGAUGGAAAAGAGGAGGCGGGUGGAGGAAGCUUAUAAAUCAGCUCUGUCUGAGCUCAAGAAGAAGUCUCAUUUCGGUGGACCAGAUUACGAGGAGGGUCCGAACAGUCUGAUCAAUGAGGACGAGUUCUUUGAUGCGGUGGAGGCUGCCCUGGACCGGCAGGACAAGAUAGAAGAGCAGACUCAGUGUGAGAAGAGCAGGAUACAGAGGGACAGUUUGGUGUCGCCAGUAGACGUUUACUCCACCGUGGGCACUCACAGGCUCUCUGAGAAACCCCCCUCUCCUCCCCCCUCUCCCUCAUCUUCAGCUGUAGUCUUCACUCCUCUCCAUGAGCACAGGUUCAGUGCUGAGGUGGAGGAGAUGGUACAGAAUCACAUCACCUAUUCUCUACAGGAUGUCGGUGGAGAUGCUAACUGGCAGCUUGUGGUGGAAGAGGGAGAGAUGAAGGUGUACAGGAGAGAGGUGGAGGAGAACGGCAUCGUGCUGGACCCUCUGAAGGCCACACACUCUGUCAAAGGGGUCACAGGUCAUGAAGUCUGUCACUACUUCUGGGACACAGAUGUUCGUAAUGACUGGGAGACUACUGUUGAAAACUUCAACAUCGUGGAAACGUUGUCUGAAAACGCCAUCAUCGUCUACCAGACUCAUAAGAGGGUGUGGCCAGCGUCCCAGAGAGACGUCUUGUAUUUGUCUGCCAUUCGUAAGAUUUUGGCUAAUAAUGAGAAUGAUCCUGACACGUGGAUCGUCUGCAACUUCUCUGUUGAUCAUGACAAGGCCCAGCCAAACAACAGAUGUGUUCGUGCUAAAAUCAACAUUGCCAUGAUCUGUCAGACCCUGGUCAGUCCACCAGAGGGCGACAAAGAGAUCAGCAGAGACAACAUCCUGUGCAAAAUCACAUACGUUGCCAACGUAAAUCCUGGAGGCUGGGCUCCCGCUUCUGUCCUGAGAGCCGUUGCGAAAAGAGAAUAUCCCAAAUUUCUCAAGCGCUUCACUACUUAUGUCCAGGAGAAAACUGCAGCCAAAGCCAUCCUCUUCUGAGCUUGUGCACACUCCUGUGGCUACAGCGCCCUCUAGCGUUCUGAACGCAGCAGCCGCAGUGGUUCUCACAUCUCUACACGCUUGAUGCAGUUCUGUAGCAUCACACUAGUUCACACGACAGAGGACUAGAAACGCCAAACAUCUCAUCCAUAUUUUCUGGCAGAGAUAUAUAUUGAUAUAAGUAUAUAUGUAUGUAUGAUAUGUAUGUAAGUGUGAUAGGACGUUUAUAAAAUGGAGAGUUUUGAAGCUGAAGAUGAGACUGUGGCUCUGUUUUAGUCCUGAUUAUUAGACUUAUUUUCCUUUUCCAAAGCUUCGCGUUAGAUUCGCUUGUAUAAUCAUCAACGUUCACAGACUCAUGACAUCAGACGGAUCUGGUUGCCGGUCAUUAGUUGUUUUGUUUAAAUCAGUGGCAUGUUUGUAAAUGAACACGAGGGCUUUUGUCGGCCUGUGACCUGUGAACUUGCCUUUUCAAUCAUUUUCAUCAUCUCUCUUAUGAAGCCCAGCCUCUGGUGUUGAUGAAGAGAUGAUGCUACGAGAGUAUUUUCGCUCAUUCGAAGUUGAUUUGUAGUUGUUUUUGUGUCUCAUCGACUGACAUACUGUAGCACAUCAGCUUGAUGGUAACAGGUGUUUGUUUUAGUGUGUCAGGAGAGCGUCACACAUUGUUUGUAUAUAAUUUAAACGUUAUUGCUAAAAGUAUGUCAGAUUGUCAAUGCUUUUACUGGACUAAUCCAACUCCAUAUGCCUUAGGGAGGGUGACACUGAUGUGUGUGUGCGUGCGUGUAUAUAUGUAUGUAUAGAAGUGCGUCCUAUAUGACGUGUGUCCUACUUAAACAAAAUCUUUAGAGAAGUGCCUCAUUAUUGAUCUGAUCACACUUCCCACAUCGAUUAUAUCCAAACUUCAGCCACAAAUGAAACGCAUCGGGCAUCUUAAAUGUUUACACAGUGAUUUCUCAGCUCUUAUUAUUUAAAUGUUCAGUUUUGCAAUCAGACAAAGUGCUUUUGUCUGAUGCCAAUUAAAUCUUCUGUCCUAUGUUGGAUUUGGUUGAAACACGGGGGGGGGGGGGUGGGGGGGGUUAUGAGGGGUAGAUCAUAGCUAGUUGUACAUGGGGUGGAAUUUGUUAUUUAUUGUUCAUGAUCAAACGUAUUCUUCCAAAGUAAAAUAAAACAUCAUAAACAAGGCACAAGCUAAAGAUCACAAUAUUAUAUUGUCGUUCAACAAAACAGUGCUGAAAUGAGAUUCUGUUCUAAGGCCUGAGGUAUUUGUCCCUGAUUUACGCCCCAUGACAGACUGUUAAAGACGAUACAUCAAAUAGUGCAAUAGACGAACAUCAAAUAGUGCACAGCAUUUGAUGUAUGUUAAAGACAUUUGAUGUAUGUUAAAGACUAUACAUCAAAUAGUGUUAAAGACGAACAUCAAAUAGUGCACAGCCGUUUCGGCCAGAUGACGUCAUGCCCUAAACAUUCCAAACACUCGCUGAAUGUACAAACUCACCGGAGUGACAUCAUAAUCCUGAAUGUCUUCAAUACAACACGCCGCCCUGUUUUUCUCCAGUAGGGCUGCUGUUUACUGAUUGAAGGGUUUUCAGAGGAAACGGCCAAUCAGAGAGCAGACACACACCCAUGACCUGACUGAUGGAGUAAGACUGUGAGGCUGACAUGUGUGUUCCUCUAAUGUGCGGUCUAGUGUAGCGUUGAAUGUAUGUUCGUUGGGCUUCAAAUGUUUUGUGUAUAUCAAACAUCACACUAAAGGUGUCACGAUGACUGUGAACCGAGGGCACAUUCACAGCCCUGUUUAGAGAGGAAUAAAAUGAUGGACAUCUUUCUUCA